UUAUUUUCAUUCUGUUAGUUGAACAAACAUUACGGACUUCUAACGAACAUGAAAUUGACGAUGGAUGCGGAGAAAUCUAGGGAAAUGCUUUUUGACCCGAAGGAGGAGCAUGACGCUUGCGGUGUGGGUUUCGUAGUUAACACUAAGGGUGUACGCUCAAAUAAGGUACUCAAAGAUGCUAAAGUCAUGCUUGAACGUAUGGAUCAUCGAGGCGCUUGCGCAUGUGAUGAGGACACUGGAGAUGGAUCGGGAGUAAUGACUUCUAUACCAUAUGAAAUAUAUCUGGAGUAUGCACGUGAAGCAAAUGUUGUUUUACCACCGAUGGGCCAUUUCGCUACUGGUAUCAUCUUUAUACACGAUCGCACUAUUACAAUUUCUGAUCUAAUGAAACGGUUUUCAGAAAUAACGGAGGAGUGCGACCUAAAACUUCUAUUCUGGCGCAUGGUGGAUGUGAACAAAAACUGUAUUGGCAUAGUAGCGCAUUCUGAAGAGCCGAUCAUAGUUCAAGUAUUUGUCGUCCAGAAAUCAGAAAGUGAAGCAUCCUCCCAAGGUACUGGAUUUCGUAGUCAAGUGUUUUUACUUCGGAAAUAUGCAAGUAAUGAAUUAUCAAAGAGCUGUUAUAUAUGCAGUUUAUGUUCUGAAAGAAUUGUUUAUAAAGGUUUAUUUACCACAAAACAACUUUGGAAUUAUUACGCAGAUCUGUCCAAUCCUAAUUAUUUGACUCACUUUGCCAUUGUUCACAAUCGCUUUUCUACAAACACUUUUCCAUCGUGGUGUCGUGCUCAUCCUCAACGUAUGAUGGCUCAUAAUGGAGAAAUCAAUACACUGCGUGGCAAUGUAAAUUACUGCCGAGCGCGUCAAAGUCUCAUGUUCAGUCGUUUUUAUACAAAGGCACAAAUGUCCAAAUUAUUUCCUAUCAUUGAACAAGGCAUGUCUGAUUCAGGAUCAUUUGACAACAUGAUGGAAUUCUUAUGCCAUGCUGGUGACUACAGUCUACCAGAAGCUGUAAUGAUGAUGAUUCCUGAAGCAUGGCAUAACCUAGAUCCGGAGAAAGGCGAAAUGUCCAAAGAAAAAUGGAAUUAUUUCAAAUGGGCUGCUAAUAGUUUUGAGCCUUGGGAUGGACCAGCUCUAAUUGUAUUUUCUGAUGGACGAUAUAUUGGUGCAGUACUUGAUCGUAAUGGUCUUCGCCCAGCUCGGUUUUAUGCAACCAGUGAUGAUAUGGUCUAUAUGUCAAGUGAAGUUGGUGUAGUUGAUAUACAACCAGAUGUGAAAAUUAUUCAAAAAGGUCGCCUAAAAGCUGGACGUCUAUUGAUUGUUGAUACAGAAAGUGGACAGUUAUUAGACGAUGAAUCAUUGAAAUCCAAAAUUGCUACUAAACAUCCUUAUGAAACUUGGCUUAAAGAAGGAGCUAUUGACUUACCUGAAAUGCAUAAGGCUUUUGCGAAUUCUCCAGAACAUUAUAAGAGAGUAUCGACACUCGAACCCUCAGUUAUCGAUGAUCGUCGACUUCCACUAUUUGGGUAUAAUCCAGAAAAUAUUAAUCUUCUCAUUUUGCCCAUGUUGAAAACUAGCAAAGAAGCACUAGGCUCUAUGGGGAAUGAUGCUCCAUUGGCUUGUUUAUCGGAACAAAAUCCCCAUGUAUUUGACUAUUUUCAACAGUUGUUUGCACAAGUCACAAAUCCUCCUAUCGAUCCAUUUCGAGAACGAAUUGUCAUGACUUUGAUGUGUCCUAUUGGACCACAGAAAAAUAUUUUGAUUCCAUCAAGAUCACAAACGCAUCGUUUAUGGCUUGCGAAUCCAAUUUUAUCAUUAAGGGAUAUGGCUUUGUUACGUUCACUAGGGGGCGAUUCUCCAUCACAACCUGAGGAUGUCAAAAUAACAAGUACUGUUCUCUCUUGGCGUAGUGUUAUUUUGGAUGCUACACUAUCUACAUAUGAAGGUUCUGGAGAAGUUUCAUUGGGUACAAAAUUGUUUCAAUUUCUGCAAGAUCUGUGUGACAAGGCCGAGAAUGCAGUUUUACACGAUAGUGUGGAUUUAUUAAUAAUUUCUGAUAGAGCCAGUAGUCAGGAUCGACUGCCAGUUCCAAUAUUGUUAGCUGUUGGGGCGGUACACCAACGUCUAGUUCGUCGUGAACUUCGUAUGAGGGUUGGAAUAAUUGCGGAAACGGGCGAAUCAAAAGAGGUUCAUCAUUUUUGUACACUUAUUGGUUUCGGUGCAGAUGCCAUUUGUCCCUACUUAAUUUUUGAAUCUGUCUCACGUUUGAAUUAUGAAGGUCUACUAACAUCAGAUACAGUUGUGAAUGAAGAAGAACUAUAUUCAAGUUUCAUAGCAGCCGUUGAACGUGGUAUACUUAAAGUUAUGGCUAAAAUGGGCAUCUCAACAUUGCACAGCUACAAGAGUGCUCAGAUCUUUGAAGCUGUUGGUUUAGCACAAUCUGUGAUUGAUAUGUGCUUCUGUGGGGCCGUAAGUCGUGUAGGCGGAGCAGAUUUCGAAAUAUUGGCAAGAGAAGUUACUGCACGUCAUCGACUAGCCUAUCCAGAAUGUCAAACACUUUGUACUAAAGCACUUGAAAAUCUUGGUCAGUUUGGGAAUAAUCCUGGGUUUUAUCACUGGAGACAUGGUGGAGAAAAGCAUAUAAACAGCCCAGAGACAGUAGCGAAACUUCAGGCUGCAUCUCGUAAUAAUAGCCAUGAGGCUUACAAAAUGUUUGUUCAAGCUGCCGAUGAGUGUUCACGUCAUUGUACUCUUCGUGGACAGUUAGAUUUUAAUUAUUCGGAAAAUCCUUUGCCGUUGGAAUUAGUAGAACCGGCUGCAGAAAUAGUAAAGCGUUUUUCUACAGGCGCUAUGAGUUUGGGAAGUAUUUCUGCAGAAGCUCACACUGCUUUGGCUAGGGCUAUGAACAAAAUCGGUGGCCGUUCAAACACUGGUGAAGGAGGCGAGCGACCAGAACGUUAUAAAGAUCCUGAAAUAUGUUCUGCUAUAAAACAGGUUGCUUCCGGACGUUUCGGUGUGAACAGUUCAUAUUUGGCCCAUGCUGAAAUGCUGCAAAUCAAGAUGGCUCAAGGUGCUAAACCUGGUGAAGGUGGUGAGUUGCCAGGUUAUAAAGUUACUGAGGAGAUCGCCCACACACGUUACUCAGUGCCUGGUGUGGGUUUAAUCAGUCCACCACCGCAUCAUGAUAUUUAUUCCAUAGAAGAUUUAGCUCAGCUUAUUUAUGACUUGAAAGCAGCAAAUCCAUUUGCUGUAGUUAGUGUGAAACUCGUGUCUGAAAUUGGAGUCGGUAUCGUUGCUGCCGGUGUGGCCAAGGCUCGAGCAGCACAUAUAACCAUUUCCGGUCAUGAUGGUGGUACUGGUGCAAGUAGUUGGACAGGAAUUAAACAUGCUGGACUUCCAUGGGAACUGGGCAUUGCAGAGACUCAUCAGUCCCUUACCAGUCAACAGGCGCGUUCACGAGUUAAACUACAGGUUGAUGGACAAAUACGUACAGGACGAGAUGUUGUUAUAGCAUGCAUACUGGGAGCUGAUGAAUUCGCAAUGUCAACUGCACCACUCAUUAUAUUAGGGUGCACUAUGAUGCGUAAAUGUCAUUUGAACACUUGUCCAGUCGGAAUAGCUACACAAGAUCCAGUUCUACGAAAGAAAUUUGCUGGUAGCCCAGAACAUGUUAUCAACUACCUGUUUCUUUUGGCUGAAGAAGUCAGACAAUAUCUAAGUCGUUUAGGUGUGUCUUCUUUGAAAGAAAUUGUUGGGCGUACAGAAUAUCUGAAGCAUAGACAGCCUUGCUUAACUGCAAAAUCUCAACUAGUUGAUCUGAGUCGUUUAUUGAUUAAAACGCAACCAGAUGAAGUCCAUUAUGGUUCAUUAAGACAAAGUGACUCAGUGAAAGAUUUCCGUGAAAAUCCGACAACAUUGUCAUUUGCCGACCUCUUGCCAUCUGAUCGUCGUUUAGAUAUAAUAAUACUACGUGCUGCUCAUAAAUUAAUUGAUACUCCAGCGGACAUCAAACUCAGUCCUUCUGAAUCCGUAGUACGUGUGACCGAACCAAUUAAUAAUUCGGAUCGUACAGUUGGUACUACGCUAAGCUAUGCCAUUUCAACUAAUUUUGCUGAAAAAGGAUUACCACAUGAUAGGCGUAUUAUAGUAAAUGUUACUGGAAGUGCUGGUCAGAGUUUCGGAGCCUUCCUUGCUCGUGGCGUUCAUAUUCGCCUUGAAGGUGAUGGAAAUGAUUAUGUCGGGAAAGGUUUAUCAGGUGGACAGAUUACAAUAGUUCCACCCAAACAAUUAUUGGAAGAAGGAUUUAAAUCAGAAAAUAACCUAAUUAUCGGUAACGUUUGCUUAUAUGGGGCCAUAGAAGGACGUCUCUUUUUAAGAGGACAAGCAGCUGAACGAUUCUGUGUACGCAAUUCCGGUGCUACUGUCGUAGUUGAGGGUGUCGGUGAUCAUGGCUGUGAAUAUAUGACUGGUGGUCGUGCUGUUAUACUUGGCCGAACUGGGCGUAAUUUUGCUGCUGGUAUGUCAGGUGGUCUGGCUUUUGUUUAUGAUCCACUCGGAUUGCACGGAGAUUUUGUAACAAAAUGCAAUAUGGAAUUGAUCGAUUUGGAGUUGAUGAAUUCACAGAAUAGAUACAGUGGUUGGCUUAAAGAAAUACUGGUUGAAUUUGUUAAAGAAACUGAUUCACAGGUCGCAUCAAAUAUUUUGGCAGACUGGGACAUUUCCAUCAAUCAUUUUGUCCUUGUAUUUCCACGUGAUUAUAGAAAUGCAUUGGCCAAACUUGAAGCCUCCACCACUACUACUACUACUACUACCACUACUGAUUCCAGUGUGCAAGACACCAAUACAGCUACAAUUCCCAUCGUUGAAAGUAACAAAAUCACUGAUCACGAUACACAAACUAAAGACAUUGAGGAUGUGGUUGGUGAUGAACCGUCUGAGAAACUGGAUAAAGUGCGCGGCUUUGUCAAGUAUGCCAGACAGAAACAGAAUUAUCGUCCAGUUGAAGAGCGUGUGAAAGACUGGGGCGAGGUGUACGCUCUGAAGGAAAUACGUAAAGGUUUGGUAAAACAAGCUGCUCGUUGUAUGGAUUGUGGUGUACCAUUUUGUCAAUCAUAUGUUGGGUGCCCUCUUGGCAAUCUUAUCCCAAACUGGAAUGAUUUGGUGUUCAAGGGUGAUUGGCACGCUGCUCAUAUCGCUUUGGCACAAACCAACAACUUCCCUGAGUUCACAGGCCGUGUAUGCCCAGCACCUUGUGAAGGUGCUUGCGUACUUGGCAUAAACUCUGACCCAGUCACUAUAAAGCAUAUUGAAGGCGCCAUUGCAGAUAAAGCCUGGGAAAACGGCUGGUUACAUCCUAUUCCUGAUGAGAAUCGUAUGCCAACUGGUAAACGUAUUGCAGUUAUUGGUAGUGGUCCAUCUGGAUUAGCUUGUGCAGAUCAGCUAAAUAAGGUUGGACACGAUGUGGUAGUAAUCGAACGAAGAAACUUACCUGGUGGUUUACUACGAUAUGGAAUUCCAACUAUGAAACUUUCUCGUGAAAUCCUUGAUCGCCGAUUGAAUUUAAUGAAAGCUAACGGUGUUAAAUUUGAGCUGAAUACACGCGUCGGUAAUGAUGGUCAACCUCCAGAACCCAGAGAUUUAAAUUCUGUUUGUCGCGAUUCCGCAGAUCGUGAAAACAUUUGGCCCGCUAAAAAACUGCUGGAUGAAUUCGAUGCUAUAGUUUUAUGUUUGGGUGCUACUUGGCCCCGAGAUUUGAAUAUUCCAGGUCGUCAACUUCAAGGUAUUUAUUUUGCCAUGAGUUUCCUUGAACGCUGGCAACGUUAUCAAUACAAGAAUAAGAUUAAGCGUACAUAUGUUGAUCCUCAAAACGAUAAUAAUUUCGAUUCUGAUUCUAUGGCUGCAUUGGCCAAAGGUAAACGUGUAGUUAUACUUGGUGGCGGUGAUACAGGUGUCGAUUGUAUUGCUACAUCUGUACGCCAAGGAGCUGAAAGUAUCCGUGUGUUUGAGAUUCUACCUCCACCGCCAGUCAACCGUGAUAUCAAUGAAAAUCCAUGGCCUGAAUGGCCUCGUAUAUGGAGAGUAGAUUAUGGGCAUUCGGAAGUUGCUGUUCGUAUUAAUGGAGAUCCAAGACAGUUUAAUACAAUAACUAAAGAAUUUCUAGACAAUGGUAAAGGAUCAGUGAGUGGUAUACGUACUGCUAAAGUUGAAUGGACUAAAUCAAAUACUGGCAAGUGGGUAAUGAAUGAAAUACCAGAUUCUGAAGAAACAUUUGAAUGUGAUUUAGUCUUGUUGGCUAUGGGCUUUUUGGGACCUGAAACUACAUUGAUCAAGCAACUUGAAUUGAGUUUGACGAGUCAGUCAGUGAUUCAAGUAAUACCGGAUAAACCAUACACUACACGCAUUCCUAAGGUUUAUGCUGCUGGAGAUUGUCGACGUGGUCAAUCUCUUGUGGUACAUGCAAUUAACGAGGGUAGACUAGCAGCGCGACAAGUUGACCUUGAUCUAAUGGGUAAAACACAACUUCCAGGUCCUGGUGGAAUAAUAAAAACUGCAAAUCUAAGAUGAAUUUUCCUACUAUUUAAUAGCUUUUCUGCUUGCAUACUUGUUAUUACUACUUAUAAUUUACUGCAAUGAAUAUCUCUUAGCUGGUGCUCGAAAAGAGACGCCCUAGAAGAAUAUAGCUAUCUAUCCUCUUCUACAUUUUCAUGUUCAUUGAUUUCUCAAACCUAUUUUUUAUUUAUUUAUAUUUACUCUCAUGAUAUGAAGUUGUUUUUGUUUUUUUUUAGUAAAUUUAUUUAAUUUGUUUAAUUUCAUCUUAUGAUAAAAACACUGUUUUUUUUUAAUUGUUAUUGAGACAAAUAUUCAUACAACUAAUUAAUUAAUUAAUUACUCUAAUACUGUUUGUUCUACUUUUACUUAUGGGAAAAGCUGACUGAGAUUGUUUUAAUUUAGCUUACUUUGUGUUUCUGGUACUAGCGAUUCAUUUUUUGUUAUCCAUGUGUGUGUCUCUGUGUGUAAGUGUGAGUGAAUACCCACGUUUCUCGACUUCUAAUUUUUUUCUUUUCUUUAUUUAAUGACUUUGAUAAGUGAAAUGCACAACAUCUUAUUCUUCUGUGACAUCCUAUUCUCAGCAUUCCAUCAUAAAGUGUACAUCAUCCACACUUUGGUGGAUCGUUUUUAUUUUUCAACACUAGUUAAACAACAUUCAAUGCUGACUACUGUUUAAUCUUUCUUCUGUUUUUUUCCAUAUCAGUGAGUAGUAGUUACUUGGUUGAUUGCUGUUUUUUUUUCUGUGAUUCUUCCUUCAAUCUUUGCUUCUGUAGUAGUGAGAAUGAAACGAACACAAGACAGAGGAGAGAGAGAGAGAAAAAAGUGUUUCUUUGUGCGAUUGCCUAUUGUCAUUCACAAUGACUACGCAUGUUACUCCAUUGCAUGGGAGGCGUAGUAUGAAAGCGACUUCUGUGUUGAUAAAUGUAUACAUUAUAUUAUUUAUUUACUCAUCUAUCGAAUCCGUAAAAUUGCCUAAUAUUCUCUGUUUGGUUAUUAUCCUCCUUAUCAUUCAUUAUUUAAUAACAUUAACUACAGUGGCUGCAUCCUAUUUUCUUUUUUUUUCUUUUUUUUGGUGUGUAAUUUCAGCUGCACACACACACACACAUGUAUGUGUUCGUUCAUCUCAUUUAUCGGUUUCACAUCCAAGCCACUUACUUGCCUAUCUUUCUUUUUUUCUCUCUAUCUCUAAUCUAGCUUUUCCUCUUUAUUGGUCUGUUCUGAUAAAUUGUUACACACACACACAUGGUCGAAUUGGAAUAGUAUAUUCUUUCUUUUAAACAAUGAUUUAUUUUUCAUGUCAGCAAUGCAGAAAUACACAGAAGGUAUUUCUAUUUCACAUUUCUCUGUGUGUGCUGUUUGUUUUUUCUGGUUGGGAAGUGAUAGUGUAAAUGUAAAAAAAAGGAAAUCUAGUCUAGAGCUAGAUAAACGAAAUAAUCAUCUAUGAAUUAGUGCUAAUUAAAAUAUUUAUCUUCUGUUAAUC